AUCACAGUACCCUCCCAGUGUGUUUGCUCCUUGUUUCACAUUAUCUGGGACUUUGUUUACGUUGCGUUUUGGAACGCCUCUUCCGCCUGACGUCAUCUACCGCUUCUGGUGCCCUAGUUUGUUGGCCCUGUGUGCCAGGCUUUACCGUAGAGUGGGUAGUGGGCUACAUUAGUUAUCCUGUCGCUCGGUAUUGCUGGGGUGAGGGGGGCUCCGCUCCCCGCCGUCAGACUCACGGGAGAGAGCAAGCAUCCUCCUUGAAUAUUAAGAACGACAUGGCGGCGCCUUCGAGACGCUCCCAGCAGCAACAAGUUCCAACAGCAGCAGCAGCGGGACAAUCUAACCAGCCACCCUCCGCUUUCCCACCCGCUCCAGCUUCCCCGCCGCUGUCACCUUCUUGUAGAAGAGCGGCCUCUUGUUUGUCGCCUCCUCGCAGCCCAGAGACUAAUCCAGCGAGCUUAUCUCGUCAGGGCCCGGACUCUCAACCCGAGGGGGAAGCAGCUUCUCAGCCUGGAAUCACUCCGAGGCCCCUCUCCCCGCCGCCGGGGGAGGCUGCAAAUAUAUUGUCUCCCAUUUCCUCCUCGCUGCCCCCGGCUCCUGCCCCUAGUUCUGGCAGUAGCAGUUCCAGUUCUUCUUCUAGUAAUAGCUUGUCCUCCGGGGGCAGCCCCGCUGAGAGUCCGGAGAGUGGGGUGAUAGGCGGAGUGGGCAGCGGGGGGAUAGGUCCCGGGGGGCCUUUAAGCGCAGUGAGCGGUGCCUUUCGGGAGUUGUUUGAAGCUUGCAGGAACGGAGACGUUUCGCGGGUGCGGAGGCUUCUUGAACCUGGGAAUGUCAAUGCUAAGGAUAUGGCUGGGAGGAAAUCUACUCCGCUACACUUUGCAGCAGGUUUUGGAAGAAAAGAUGUUGUGGAGCACUUAUUGCAGACUGGAGCAAAUGUACAUGCCAGAGAUGAUGGUGGUCUCAUUCCACUACACAAUGCUUGUUCAUUUGGCCAUGCAGAAGUUGUAACACUUCUUUUAUGCCAAGGCGCAGAUCCCAAUGCAAGAGACAACUGGAACUAUACUCCCCUUCAUGAGGCAUCUAUUAAAGGCAAGAUAGAUGUUUGUAUAGUACUGCUGCAGCAUGGUGCAGAUCCCAGCAUCCGAAACACAGAUGGGAAAUCUGCUCUGGACUUGGCUGACCCUUCAGCUAAAGCUGUCCUUACUGGUGAAUACAAGAAGGACGAACUCCUGGAAGCUGCCAGGAGUGGAAAUGAAGAAAAACUCAUGGCUCUAUUAACACCUUUAAAUGUUAACUGCCACGCUAGUGAUGGUCGCAAGUCUACACCUCUACACCUAGCAGCCGGUUACAACCGGGUACGGAUUGUCCAGCUUCUGCUCCAGCAUGGUGCCGAUGUUCAUGCAAAGGAUAAAGGUGGACUGGUGCCUCUGCACAAUGCAUGUUCUUAUGGACACUUCGAAGUCACAGAAUUGCUGCUAAAGCACGGGGCUUGUGUUAAUGCCAUGGAUCUUUGGCAGUUCACGCCAUUACAUGAAGCUGCAUCUAAGAAUCGAGUGGAAGUGUGCUCCCUGUUGCUGAGCCAUGGUGCCGAUCCAACAUUAGUCAACUGCCAUGGAAAAAGUGCUGUUGAUAUGGCCCCUACACCAGAGCUCAAAGAAAGGCUGUCUUAUGAAUUCAAAGGACAUUCAUUGCUACAGGCUGCCAGAGAGGCAGACAUGGCGAAGGUGAAAAAGACACUUGCUUUGGAGAUCAUUAAUUUUAAGCAGCCACAGUCACACGAGACGGCACUGCACUGUGCAGUGGCCUCCUUGCAUCCCAAGCGAAAGCAGAUAACAGAAUUGCUGCUUAGAAAAGGAGCCAGCGUCAAUGAAAAAAACAAGGACUUUAUGACUCCGUUGCAUGUUGCUGCUGAAAGAGCACAUAAUGAUGUAGUGGAAGUUCUCCAUAAGCAUGGUGCAAAGAUGAAUGCAUUGGAUACACUUGGGCAAACAGCUUUGCACAGAGCCGCUUUAGGAGGUCACUUGCAGACUUGUCGGCUUCUUUUAAGCUUUGGGUCAGAUGCUUCUAUAGUCUCUUUGCAAGGUUUCACAGCUGCACAAAUGGGCAAUGAAGCUGUGCAACAAAUCUUAAACGUAGAAAGUACUCCUGUUCGCACUUCUGAUGUAGAUUAUCGGCUGCUAGAAGCAUCGAAAGCAGGCGACUUGGACACUGUGAAGCAGCUAUGCAGCUCUCAGAAUGUGAAUUGCAGGGAUCUUGAGGGACGUCAUUCCACUCCAUUACACUUUGCAGCUGGCUAUAAUCGUGUAUCUGUUGUCGAAUAUUUACUUCAUCAUGGUGCUGAUGUGCAUGCCAAAGAUAAAGGCGGGUUAGUUCCACUACAUAAUGCCUGCUCAUAUGGACACUACGAAGUAGCAGAGUUGCUUGUGAGACAUGGGGCAUCAGUCAAUGUUGCAGAUCUAUGGAAAUUUACCCCACUACAUGAAGCAGCCGCUAAAGGAAAAUAUGAAAUUUGCAAACUACUUUUAAAGCAUGGAGCAGACCCAACGAAAAAAAACAGGGAUGGAAAUACGCCUUUAGAUCUGGUAAAAGAUGGUGACACAGACAUUCAGGACUUGUUGAGAGGAGAUGCUGCCUUGCUGGAUGCAGCUAAGAAAGGUUGUUUGGCAAGAGUACAAAAACUUUGCACACAGGAAAACAUUAAUUGCAGGGAUACCCAGGGUCGAAACUCAACACCACUUCAUUUAGCAGCUGGCUACAACAACUUGGAAGUUGCAGAAUAUCUCCUAGAACACGGAGCAGAUGUAAAUGCUCAAGAUAAAGGAGGUCUCAUUCCCUUACACAACGCAGCCUCAUAUGGGCAUGUAGAUAUUGCUGCCCUGUUGAUCAAGUACAAUACUUGUGUAAAUGCCACGGAUAAAUGGGCGUUCACUCCUUUGCAUGAAGCUGCACAGAAAGGAAGGACACAGCUGUGUGCUCUGCUUUUAGCCCAUGGUGCAGACCCUACCAUGAAGAACCAGGAAAGCCAAACACCACUGGAUCUUGCUACGGCGGAUGAUAUCCGAGCAUUGCUUAUAGAUGCAAUGCCCCCAGAAGCUUUACCUACUUGCUUCAAACCACAAGCAACAGUGGUCAGUGCCUCUAUCAUCUCACCAGCAUCUACUCCCUCUUGUCUUUCUGCUGCCAGUAGUAUUGAUAAUCUCACAGGACCUCUUGCAGAACUUGCUGUUGGUGGAGUAUCAAAUGCUGGUGAUGGAGCUGCAGGAACUGAAAGAAAAGAAGGAGAAGUCACAGGUCUUGACAUGAACAUUAAUCAGUUUUUGAAAAGCCUUGGUCUAGAGCACCUACGUGACAUCUUUGAAACAGAGCAGAUCACUUUAGACGUGUUGGCUGACAUGGGUCAUGAAGAGUUGAAGGAGAUUGGGAUUAACGCUUAUGGCCAUCGUCACAAACUAAUCAAAGGAGUUGAAAGACUCUUAGGAGGGCAACAAGGGACUAACCCUUAUUUGACAUUUCACUGUGUAAGCCAAGGAACUGUUCUCUUGGAUCUUGCAUCAGAUGAUAAAGAAUACCAGUCAGUGGAGGAAGAGAUGCAAAACUCUAUUCGGGAACACAGGGAUGGUGGCAAUGCUGGAGGAGUUUUCAAUCGAUAUAAUGUCAUUAGGAUUCAGAAGGUGGUGAAUAAGAAACUCAGGGAGAGGUUCUGCCACAGGCAAAAAGAGGUCUCGGAGGAAAACCACAACCAUCACAACGAGCGGAUGCUGUUUCAUGGCUCGCCCUUUAUUAAUGCAAUUAUUCACAAAGGCUUUGAUGAGCGGCAUGCGUACAUUGGGGGUAUGUUUGGAGCUGGCAUAUACUUUGCAGAAAACUCUUCUAAAAGCAACCAGUAUGUCUAUGGCAUAGGUGGAGGUACCGGGUGCCCAACUCACAAAGACAGGUCAUGUUACAUUUGCCACAGACAAAUGCUGUUCUGCAGAGUGACUCUUGGGAAAUCCUUCUUGCAGUUUAGCACAAUGAAGAUGGCGCAUGCUCCCCCAGGACAUCACUCAGUGAUUGGCCGUCCAAGUGUAAAUGGGUUAGCUUACGCAGAGUAUGUAAUCUAUAGAGGAGAACAGGCAUACCCAGAGUAUCUCAUCACAUACCAGAUUAUGAAGCCAGAAACCCCUUUACAGGCUGCCACAACAGCUGAACAAAAGACCUAGUUAGAAACCAAACCCAGGGGAUGUGGAUUUUCAAGCAAGAAGUGAGCAGUAAGCGACUGACUCUGGGAAGUGAUUCCAUGAAAGGAAAGCCCUGAAAGCCUGGAAAUAAGCUGUACCUUAUUAAGUGUUACAUUGAUGGUUCUAUUCGGAGUAGAAGCGUUCUUCUGUGCUACUCUUCCUGUUGAAGAAAUGUUUACAUGGUGCUGCCUUUUAACAAACUUUUUUCUGAGGCUCAUUUCCAAUAAGUUGUCCAAGAGAAAGCCUAAAUCUUGUUUUCGAGUUCAGCAUCGCUGCCAGUGAUGUGCCACAAUGGUAUUUCCCGAGUUCUUAAACUGGAUGUUUUAUGCACGUGUAACAUUAAUGUUUAUCCGCUUUCAGCUUAAGUACCCUGAGUACUGAGGAGCCUAUUUAUUUGUUUUUAUAUUUGUGUAUACAUGAGCCAGGACCCUGCAAUGUUCCUUUCCUUUGCACAAACAUUCGUUCCUUAACAAUGCAAUAUUUACUGUUCCCAACCUGAAAAAAAACUCAAGGAGCCUUGGAUCAUUUUCUUUUUCCCCUCUUUGCACUUUUUUGAAUAACCAUACUAUUUGGAAAUGAAGGAGAAACAAAGACUGACCAAGAAACUUUCCAUGCAGUAACACCAUAACACUAAAAGCCCAGCUCAAGAGAUGCUUUGAGGAAGGUUGACUGCACAUUAGUGCAGUAUGGGAUCUUUAAUAGACUUGAUUGGAAAGCAUUUGAGAGUUAUUCCUCAGUGGAGACUCCCUUUAUUGCUUAGCAAAGGUGUGUAGGUAGGUGCUGAUCUUCUGCUGUGCUCAUACUCCCAGCAACCUUUGCCGGACUAUAGAACUGUAUAACAGCAAGGUGGGUAGGUCAGAGCUGAAGAUAUCAUUAGAUCUUGUAACGGAAACCUCUGCCCUCAAUUUGCCACAGUUUACAUCUCUGUAAGUGCAAAAACAAAUCUAUAUUGACAGGCUGAGGAAACAGACUUCUUCAAUGGGGUCUGAGAAAUAAAGAACAUUAUGCUGAACUG